AUGCAUAGUGGCUUCUUCUCCCCCAUCGAGGACACUUUUUCCCAUUCCGCCCAGGUGUCGAGGCUAGAGCUUGAAAAGGAAUUAUUGGAAAACGAACUCGCCAACUGCGUUACCUAUUUGCAGGUGCUACGGAAGAAGCAAACUCGGAAUGAGCGGCGGCUUGCUGCCGACUCAUCCUUACCUGUUAGGAAAAAGAAGAAGAUCCGACAAAGUAUGCGUGAACUGGAGAAAGAAAUCCAAAAUCGAGAGCGUGAUAAACAAGCAUUUCUCAACAAUCUCCAAGCUUGCAAAGCAAACAUCUAUCUCGCCGAGACAGUGUCUUCGCCAUCUACAACAGUCUUGUCAACGAUACCGGACCUUGCCUCGGACUCUACGCUAUGUUCAUACCCGGAAGAACCCGAAGCCACAGAUGGGCAGUGGAACGGUUGGGCGGACAAGAUGGCAUCAUCUCCGUUUCAAAAGGAUUGCAGCAACUCUUCCUCUGUUGAAGACUUCGCACCAGAUGACCAUCCAGGUGUUGAUGGGUUCGAUUUAGCAACCACCAAAAGCACAGUAUGUGCACAGUAUGUGGCACAGACAGGCGCUACGUGGCCUUUGCCCAUGACUUGCACAUCAAAGCAGUUUGUGUUCAGCCCUGAGGCUGCUCUCUUUGAACCACGAAACGCGCACAAGGAUCAGGAUUUGCAGUUGGAUCAACAGUUCGCUGAAUUACAUCUUUCCUCGCCAAUAGCAGCGGCAACGUUGGACGGCACGGGAUGGGGUAGUGGCAUGGAUAAAUGUAGCCUCACCAAAUCUGUCACUGCACAACCAAAUCGGAAAAACUCGUUUGAGAGAAGUGUUGAGGAAGCGAGGAGGCAGUCUUGGGACAACAGAGCUCCGCGGCAGCAAAGACUAGACGAGGAGACAGGCAAUGCUGGCAGGCCCAAGAGGAGCAGGGCGAACUCUGUGUGA